CGGCAAGCAAGCCAGCCAGCAGGCAGUGAACAACCACAAACAAGUCUCCUUCUUGGCCCGUUGCAUACAUGUGUGACACAAGCCACAAACACUGUCAGUCAGCCCACCGUCUGGCAACAGCAUCCAAGAUGCACUCGGCAGGCCACUGGCAACUUGCGAUUGGGAUUGGUGGCGGCUUCGCCAGCAACGGCCUCAUCUACGGCAUCCCUCCCUGUGAUACAACUCCCACCACCUCUGUGCUCAUCAUCAGCCCAUCAACAACAACAAUGACAGCAGCAACAGCGGCAGCGACAGCAGCAGUGGAUGACACAACCACCAUGAACAGUCUGCAAGCCGCCGCAAGCGCAGUGGACGCAACCAUGUUGUCCGUUCCAGAAGUGGAGUGGUGUGAAUUCCACCACUGUGACAGCCUCGAUGUGUCCAUCCCACUCUUCUCCAUGGUGACAUUCAUUCAUUCAAACCGGAGCAGCGACGCGUUCCACCCGCACAAGCAGGUCUGGGCACUACCACGUCUGCUCGCUCUUGAUGCCAUGCGCAACCACCUCCCCAAGCUGCACAAUGGCAGGGACAUUGUGUUGGUGUGCGCGUGCCAGUGGUUUGGCAAAGAGCGCAUGGGUCGUGAGGGCGAAGAGGAAGAAUUCAACAAGUACACGUACACAGAGCUGGCGCUGGAGACCAAGUUUGGGCUCAUCGUGGAAGGAUUUGGCUACCACUCCUUGAGGUAUCAUGGCUGCGGGCGCCUUCCCGUCAUUGUCGUCGAUCACUACGUGCUGCCCUACCAGGACCUGCUGGACUGGGAGACGUUCAGCAUGCGCAUUCCCGAGCACAGGCUCCUCGAGCUUCCGAGGAUCCUGCGGUCGAUCCCUGAUGAGGUGGUGGAGAUGAUACAGAGACGCGUUGUGUUUGUGUUUGAGGAUUUCUUCAAGUCCCUCUCCACCCACGUGCACACAGGUGAGGGAUCUGCCAGGAUCAACCUGUUCGGCGACAACGCGGGGAAGAUGCAAGUGGAAGGGCUGGCGUACGGCACGCCCAAUGACACGCCACACGAUGUGAUGCAGGAGUCUGUAUGGUGCAACACCCCCGCUCACCGACGAAAGGCGGCCAAGGAUAAUGCACCCAUGUGAUGUGUUUGCGUGCGAUGACGAUGAUAAGGAUGAGGAUGAGGAGAGGACGAAGAUGUCUAACAGCGUAACCAAGAUCAGCUCUGUCACUAGUUCAUUAGUUCAGCCCACCUGUUUGUGGUUCCUCUGCGCCAGUACAUGGAAGUAAACGCGUUGAGAUGA